AUGUUGAUAUUUCGCACAAUUACGUUGUUCGGCAUUGAAAAGCGAGAUAUCGGUUUAGAGAUUAACGCUGAUCGGAUAACCAAGCCACUACAGCGUUAUUACAAUGCCGAACGGGACCACAGACGAACGGGCGAUGAAGCGUGUGGAGGCCUUGGCGUGCUGAGUGAAAAACGCUCGUUUUCCUUCACGUUUACUUCAUAUGAAGAUCACGCUGGAGACGCGAUUGAAAAGCGACGACAGCCUCAGAGUGCCUGCCAUGCCAGUGUCGCGUCGCCGGCGUUGGUGAUUUGGUUAACUGUCUUGUCAAUGGCCACUCUUGGUGAAGACAUCGCGAAGCAUGAACAGCAGUGGACCGAGAAAAGGGAUCACUACAAAGUCGGUCAUCGCGUGUACGAGACGGACCCGUGUCUCAGAGUGAGUGAUCCGCUCGUUGCGUGCUCGACCUCGAAGGUCAUGAACCACCGAAUAGCACGAGGGCCACAUCAGGUAUUCGCCCUAACCAAGAACUGUGCCUCGUGUUUUUCGUCCGAAAAACAUAUCGCAUUCGUCCAACACAUUCGCCUGUUGGGUACCGUUCGCUGGUCCUUUCAGCGACCUUGUUUGAAACUGAGAGUUAGCGAGUAUCAGACAGUUUUGCGAGUUUCGCACGUUGCGUCGGGUGCGCUGGCCAGAGAGGACCUGGGAGCAGUGAAGGAGAAAGAACUGUCGUUGAGAUGUGUCCAGGCCUUCAACGGCGACAAAUCGUUCUGCGCUGACGAGUUCUUGAAUUACACCACUUGCAGGACAAACCUGGUAACAAUUGCUCGAAUUUCGUAA